CUGCGGGAGCUGAGGAGCUGCGCGCUGGUCUGUAAGCUGUGGCACCGCGUCCUGCACGGCGACGAGAACAGCGAGGUGUGGCGCAGCUUGGCAGCCCGCUGCCUGGCGGAGGAGGCCCUGCGCACUGACAUCCUCUGCAACGUGCCCACCUACAAGGGCAAGGUCCGUGCCUUCCACCACGCUUUCAGCACCAAUGACUGCUCGCGGAACGUCUACAUCAAGAAGAAUGGCUUCACGCUGCACCGCAACCCCAUUGCCCAGAGCACGGAUGGGGCGCGGACCAAGAUCGGCUUCAGCGAGGGCCGCCAUGCCUGGGAGGGGUGGGGGGAGGGCAUCGGCAUCGCCACGAAGCGGGCUGCCAUGCAGUGCCAGGGUUAUGUGGCCCUGCUGGGGAGUGACGACCAGAGUUGGGGCUGGAACCUGGUGGACAAUAACUUGCUGCAUAAUGGAGAGGUGAACGGCAGUUUCCCCCAGUGCAAUAACGCGCCCAAAUACCAGAUAGGUGAAAGGAUUCGAGUUAUCCUGGACAUGGAAGACAAAACAUUAGCAUUUGAGAGGGGCUAUGAGUUCUUGGGAGUUGCCUUCAGAGGACUGCCAAAAGUUUGCCUGUAUCCAGCGGUGUCUGCUGUGUAUGGUAACACAGAAGUGACUUUGGUCUACCUGGGAAAACCUUUGGAUGGAUGACGUGGAUUGUUUCGUUGGGACAUCGAGAUGUGGAUAGUUGGGAGAAGAAAUCUGCAUGUUGGUUAGAGGGAAACGUAUAUUCGAGGAAAAACAAAAAAAGUGUGGGUGUGUGUCCAAGAACCACCGAGGGGAUCACAUGGAGUUUUGAGAUGGAGGACCAGCCAUACUUCAGGAGUUGUGUUAUAUUUCCUCUUUCUACCAGGCCAGAAAAAUCCUCAGGGUUGCAGUUGGUUGAGUGGGAAGCUGACACAUGCAUGUUGCAACAGAUUUCAUUGCUAAGAUGGCAGUGUGUGACCUCAAAUAUUUAAGAAAGGAUUUGAUACAAAACUGCUUGAGGAAAUUAGCCUGAGAUUUGUAAGUAGCGCGUUUUGUGAAAGACUCCCAUUUAAAAACUGCUUGUUCCUUCCCUUCCUUCCUUUGGGCCAACGUGGGUACCGGAGGAGACCGAGCCUGGUUGGGUUUU